ACAUCGUCGUCGUUAUCACCAAACACAAAAUUGCGGCGAAAAAAAGGAAAAUUUUGAAAAGGAAGCAAUUUUUUUACUGAAAAAUGGAAAGUUUGACGGGUGUAUAAUCAUGUAAUUUGUUUCAUUUCGAAAACAAUUCUCCAGGGCUGCGCUUUCGACAUUUUACCAUUCAAACAUUAUUCAUUUCACAGUUCUGGGACCAUGUUGACCGAAGUUUCCGAAGAACAUGUUAAUGUGAUAAACGUUGCAUUUGCGGAACUGAAAUCAGUUUGUGAUGUCAUAGUGAAGAAUCCUUCGGCUGAAAAUUGCUCAGAAUUCGUGAAAGUGGUUGAAAAAACACCUAGUAUAGCGUUCAAAUAUUUAUUGGAGUAUUCCGUUUUCCCUUUACAUCUUCAUUUGCAUAACCAUAUUUUUAAAAAAGUUAAAUUAUCAUCUAAUACUUUGAUCGAUUUACUCAAAUGUUUCAAGAAAGUUCUGUCAAAAACUUGCUUGAAUUCAGAUACGAAAUUCCUCGAAUAUAGUAUAGUUUUGUUGAGAAUAGUGCUGGAUUUUGAGGAACAUGAAAUAAUUAAAGAUAUCUCCGAAGAUGUAAAGUAUGAAGUUGCCGAAUGCCUGAUGUAUUUGUAUAAGAAUAUUGACGAUGCUUUAUUGUGUAAAAUUUACGAUCCUUUUGAAAGAAGAUAUUGCCAUCCCCAAGCUGUGUAUUUUUGCACACAAGUUGCAAAAACUGAGAAAUUAUUAAAAUUAAGAGUAUUAGCUUUGAAGUGUCUGUUAGUUAUUGCAAGAAUUGACGGAGAAGAAUAUUUUAGCAUAUCUGAUGAAACUCUGAGAUACAAUGUUCUUGAAACAAUAGCCCUUAUGUUUCCAGGGAUCAUAUCUGCUUGUCACAUGGUCAUUACAUCAGAUUCGCUUAUUCAUCAUAAUUUAUUUAUUGUUGCCAUCAAAGUCUUCAGUCGAAUAGUUACCUUAAUUUUUGAAAAUAACUCCAAUCAGUCGAUUAGCGAAAUCGAUUUUGGAUCCAAAGUAACAGCAUUAGUGUCCAAAACCAAAGUACCUGAAGAAAAAUCCACAUCGAAAACUUCAAGACUGACAGAAGAAUGGUACGAAGAAGCAACUCAAAAAUUAUCCACUUGUACCAAAGGAUUUAUACCAGUGUGUGCGAAUCUUCACUGUAAAGUUCGUUUGGAAUUAGUAAAAUCUGCUGAUCUUAUGCUUACGAAAUGCUCAAAGAAUAUUAAAAUGUUUUCAACUACAUUGGUUGAAAUUUUGAUCAUAAUGUCGUGUGACAAUAUGAAUGAAGUUUCUAAUUGUGCUCGAAGAUCUUUAAAAAAAUUACUCGAUCAAGAUACUGAGUCGAGUCAACAAAUCAUGGAAUUCUUAGAAGAAAAUUUAUGUGUGCUGCUUGAUUCUAUUAUUUCAUCUUUAAAUGCAAUUGAUGAGAAAGCACUAUUGUCGAAUCUCAAUUUAUUGAACGGAUAUUUAAAUAUUUUGAAUAUGCGUCACGUAUUGAAAUCAUCUUACCAUUUACAACGUUUAGUCAACACCUUAAUUCAAACUGUACGAUUGGAUCCGUCAUCUUUGAAUUCAUUUCAUGAAUUUAGGAUACAAGAGUUAGAAGUUUCGAAUGCUGAUGGUGUUGCAACAAUUUCGUGGAAAAACUCGAAGCAUUUAAAUUGUCAAACGGAAAUCGCUCUGAAAAAUGUUUGCAAAACUCUAUCGUGUAAAAUCGAUUUUGAAAGUAUGACUUUUUACUUGUUAGAUAUUUUCGAAACCAACAUCGAAGAUCGAAAAGAAGUGAUUUAUCUCAUGAAUAAUGUUCUACUGAGCGGGAAGCAAGAAUAUUGCAAGACAUACUUCGAUAUCAUGUCAACUAUAUUAAAAUAUUUCUUGGAUUCUGUUUAUUGGUCGGUGCCUAUCAAUUCAAGUAGUGAUGGUUUUUUCGAUUUUAUGCCUUUAUCGGCCAUUCAUAGUAAUAUAAUGCAGGUUUGUCUUCUGACCGAAGGCGUUGGGAAUGUAGCAGAAUGUUUGCAAACCAAGUUCCAUCCUUUAUUAUUAAUAUGUUUGUAUUCAAUAAUUGAAAAUGCUGGAAGUUCUAAUCCAUUGAUUAGUUCAGCUGGUUUAGAAGCAAUCAGAAAAAUCACAUCAAGCUGCGGAUAUUCCAAUAUUACCGAACUUAUCACCGACAAUGUUGAUUACGUUAUUCAUCACGUUGCUUCAAAAUUACGAGACCUUAAACGAAAUAAGAAAGUAUUCGACGUACUUGAUGUUAUCAUAUUGCACUGCGAAGAACAGUCGCUCAAUGUUUUAUGUGAUAUUACCGAGACCAUGCUAAAAAGCAGUGAUAUCUUAAGCGACGAAUUUCGAGAAGGGUUUUUGAAGGUAUUCAAAAGAUUUAUUCGUAAACUAAGGAAAUGGUUUGCUCCUUUGUUCAACGACGAUAUGCGUGCUUUAAAUGAAUCCAAUGAAAAACAUUCCCAAUUUCUCGUUACCCUUGAUCAACAUGUUAAUAAAAAAAAUCAUCGAAGCGUUCUACCUCAACGUGUCAAAGAUGAAGAAAUAAACUUGAAUGAUAUUUUUAUAACUGCUGACUUGGAUUACUCGGAGCCAGAAGACGAUGAAGAUAUAAGUAAUGAAGAUAUUCUACGUGAAAAAUUGAGUCAAAUGGAAAUCCCUGAAGACGAAAUAGAAAAACCGGUUCCUCAGCACAUCCAAUUAAUUGUUUCAGUAGCGAACAGACUUCUGCACGUAUUACCAACUAAAUGCGUAAUGGAUAAAAUAUUAAUAUUAGAAAUUCUAAUGGACACUCUGCUGAUAUUAUGUGAUAUAGAAAAUCAAUUAUUACCCUUAGUUCAUAAAAUAUGGUCUCCUUUAAUGAACAGAUUCAAAUACGAUAAUGAAGAUUCGCUGGUAUUAAGGCGUUGCUUCGAAUUAAUCUGCAUAAUGGCAGUUACAGCGCGCGAUUUUAUUAGAACUCGCACCCUUAAUGAAAUUUUGCCAAUUUUAAAUAAUUUCUUAUCAUCGUCCUCAAUCGACAGUAAACUUAAGGAUAGAAAAUCUAUCUAUAGAAUGUCUCAAAAGUACAAAUUGCAGCACACCUUAUUACGCGAACUAGGCCAUUUAUCAAUGUAUAUUUGUUUGCAAGAAAAAGAAUUAUAUACCGUUUUAGCGGUCGCAUCGCUUUAUCUUAGUUCAAAACAACCACAACCGUUACAAUUAGCUGCCAUCGAUUUAUUUAAAACGAUAGCGAGUACUCAUUAUGAAAUUGUUUGGGUUCAAUUGAUGUCUUUACAUCUUUUUCAAACGGUUUUAUAUCCUCCGAAUAACGAUCGAUUUGAUAUAAUCAGAGUGAUGGAAAAAGAAGAAAACGAUGAAUUUGAAAAAAAUGUUUCUUCUCUUUAUAAUUUGAUAUGAUUUUUUUUUACAUUUUUACGAAUUAAAUUUGGUAUUUUUUUUA